UGGUACACAUGUCUGCUUAUCGCGAUCAAGCUUUUCUUCUACACCCCUAUAAAAUUGAAUAUGACCUCCCUCACUAUUGUAGUUGAUGGCCACGGCUCCUUCUCUUUUGAAUGGGAUCUGGACACUAAGACUUUGAAUGAUGUCAGGACUUGGCUAGUCGAAAAUGUAGAAAUUCCAGUCGAAAAUCAAAUCGUAAAAUUCAUGGGCGGAAUUCUUCACGGAGACAAAGAAACUUUGCGUUCGCUGAGACUUGUUGAGGGAGCCGAAGUGCAUGUUGAAGAUACUCGCAACGACUCGUUACCGGUUACCGUGGAGAGACUGGCAGGAGGGGACCCAAUCAUGCUGACAAUGUCACGUAGUGUGGACACCAUUGCAUCGUUGAAACGAAAAAUCGAAGAGCAAGAAGGAAUUGCAUUGAUGAACCUAGUCAUUCGCAGAGACAAUGUGGGAGUUUCCGAUGCUGCGUUUUUGUCGAGGUUUUAUCGAGGAGGUGUUGUCGAGCUACAGCUGGAAGUACAUAUCGAUCUCCGAGUGAACACGUACACUGGGCAAACGUUUGUGACAAAUAUUGCAUCCCAUGAUUUGGUGAGCGCUCUACAGCAGCGAGUACAGACUCGACUUCGUAUCCCCAUCUAUCAUCAAGAGGUGGUUUUCGAUGAGAUAAUUAUGGAACCGAGCUCACGGCUGAACGAACACACUGUGAUUAACGGAUCCAAUAUUCAGAUCCGACUUCGACUGUACGAAAUGGAUGUUUUCCUCAAGACCCUCGUAGGUCAAACGAUCCUCAUCACUGUGACGUCACAUGAUACUGUUUUUGAGGUGAAAAGAAAAGUAUCGCUGAAAGAAGGGAUUCCAAUUGACAGGCAAAGAAUCGUUUUCACUGGAAUACAACUUCACAAUCACGAGAGGUUUUUAUCAUACAGAAUAGAGCACGAAUCUGCUGUUCACAUUGUGUUACGCACUGGCGAUAGUUAUGAGGUUGCCGUGACUACACCAACUGGUCGAUUGCGUUCAGUGGAAGUUACUCCAAGACAAGUGGUCGGAUAUAUAAAAAGGAAAAUGCUCGAAUUGGAAGGAAUUGCCAUUAGCAUUCAAAAAUUGUACUUCAAUGAUCAACUGCUCGAAAAUGACAAUGCUACGAUGGAAGAUUGUGGAAUUAUUUCCGAUAGUCACGUUGACCUUCAAAUCGACAGCGAUCGCAACACUCAAAUCUUCAUCUCAUUUCGUGACAGAAGUACCAUUUCAUUUUGGGUUAAUCCCGAUCUCACUGUACUGGAGCUGAAAGAACUGAUCAUCACCAGAGAGAGCCUUCCUUUGGACCAGAUGGACCUGUACUUCACUCGUAUGAAGCUUGAAAAUGACCGAAGUUUACGCUCCUACGUUAUUGAGAGCAACCAUAUGUUGCACGUUGAGAUUGCUGCUCCUCCAGUCCUACAGCUGACUAUUAUUGUGGGUGGCGAAGAAGAAGACAAUUUCACUUUGGAAGAACCGGAUAAUAUCACUGUUGAAGGACUGAAAAGAGCCAUUUUGACCAAGAAACGCUAUCCUGUUCCAACACAGCAGCUCUUCUUUGGUGGCAAUGAAUUGGACAACGACCAGAAGUUGAAAGAUUGUGGAAUUGUAUCUGAUUCGAGAUUAGAUCUCAUCCUUGUAUCGAAUGCUCCCACCGAUUCAGCGCAGACUACCAUGCACUUGUUUGUGAAGACACUCACUGGAAAGACCAUCAGACUGGAAACAGAACUUUCUAAGACCGUGAGAAGUCUCAAAGAGCAAAUAUACGAAAAAGAAGGGAUGGAGAUAUCCUCACAAUGCCUCAUAAUGGGCGGUAAGCAAAUAGACGACGAGGAAACUAUUGCAAGUGUUGGUGUGCAGAAUCAGUCAGUAAUCCACCUGGUGUUGCGAGUUCAGAGUAUGGAUGGUAGCAAGCUGACAAUCCAAGAUGGUGGACGGCAAUUCAACGUGACUGUUGAUCUGCAAGGCACUGUGGGUGACCUGAAGAGGCGAAUCGAGCAGAAUGAAAACAUCCCUAUGGCUGGUCAGAGGCUCUUCUCCGAAAAUCGAUUGUUAGCUGAUGAGGACACUUUAGCUGCUCAGAAUAUAUCUGAUGGACUCACUCUACAGUUGAUUAGGGAUUAGUGUUAUAUCUCUUGUAAUUAUUCCAAUGCAUUAUCAUGUAUUUGUGAUUUUGUGCCCUCAUUUACAAUUAAUUUGGCUGAUAA